UACAGGGUUUGGUUUAGGCCCAUAACACAGAGGACGCUUCCAUGGUGGGUGGUUUCUGAUGUAAACCGACUUAUGACUCGUCGCGGACUGACUUCCAGUUGCAGACAGGCAUUGUUAAAUAUGCCCAAUGGGUUUCCGCAACUUUUCCAAACGCGAUGCCCAAGUCAACAAACUACGACCAAAACUUUCUCCAAAGCUGCUUCUCCACGCCAGUGACUAAUCGGCUAAAGCUCUGUGCCACUGUGGUUGCACACAUGAGGUUUCCCCUUUAACCACCGAUUUUUAGGCCUCAACACCCACCCAAGGCAGCUGCAGCUGAUCCAGAAUGCUGCUGCCAGAGUCCUGACUAAUACCAAGAGCCUGGACCUCCUCACACCAGUCCUCAAAUCACUGCAUUGGCUUCCUGAGCUGCCAUGGCUGAUCAAGGUGAAAAGAAGGAGUGGAAACUGGAGCACCCAGACGAAAGUUGCACAGCAGAGGAAAAGCAUACAACCUCUCCACAGACGGGCCUUAGUCCAACUGGGAACCAAACACAGAACUUUCUUGCUAAUGAUGAACAGAAUAUGUCACCUGGCAUCAAAUGUCAAGCAAGUGAUUGUCUUAUGGAGGAAGUUACACAUAACAAAAUCAUGGAACCACUAUCUCACCAGGAGAUUGCUGCACCUGACACUUUGCCCUCUACAGAAUUAGAAGAAAUGGGUGCGACUUUUGGGCAAGACAAAAAUAUCAUUCAUGCCAAAGAUGAACUCAAGUUAAAGAAAGAUGAGCCUACAAGCUUUGCAAACCAGUCUGGAAGACCAUGUGAACCCUAUCCAUUUCAUAGGUACCAUGACACGUACAGAUACGUGGAAGGCAGCUUUCUUAACAUCCCAGAAUCAGGUGCAUUAAACCUAACAGAACCAUGCCACGAAUUUAAAUCUUUCAUCAACACAACGGAUGAGACUAAAAUGUGCAAAUUUACCACUGACGUAAUUAAGUUUGGAGCUGCCUGCAUGAAUACUCGCACAAAUGGUACCAUUCAUUUUGGAAUUGGGGACAAGCCAUCAUUUACCCAUGGGCAAGUGUUGGGGGUGGUUGUAGAUGACAAAGAGGCUUAUGGUGCAAAACUAAAGUCUGAAAUUGAUUGUUAUUUUGAGCAUAAACACAAACGCAGUGCCCAAAUGUGCAUCAAACCACCUCGAUUCGUUGGAGUUCUCAACAAGGACAUGACGUCAUCCAAAAAGUGUGUGAUAGAAGUGGACAUAGUUCCUGACUCGACCAUCUGUGGAGAAAACUUCUAUCAUACUUAUAGCAUGAGCACAAAAAAGAAAAAAUCUAAAGUUAAAGAAACAGUCACAACUGAAACCAACCCAUCAAAACAAUUCUUUGUUCGAGAUGGAGGAAGCAGCAGAAAUCUGUUCCCUCACACUACAUCUGCCAAAGACGCCAAGGAGUACAAUGACUUUAUUGGUAGUGUUGAACAAAGAGCACAACUAAGAAAACAAGCAGAAGAGAAGCACCUGAGAGUGAUAAAAAGCAGUAACCAAGGGUCUAAACUGUGUCAGAUGAUAACUGGGGGAACAGCCUCAUUAGACAAGUCCAACUAUGAGCAGUACGUAAUAGUAACUAAUAAAUCUCAUUCAGUUCAGUUUGAAUCACUGGGGUUUCUUGUGGAACUCAACCCAACAGCUGUGCUUGACUUUGACCCACAAUCAUCUGAAAAUGGAUUACAGCAGUACUUUGAAAAGCAGAGUCCAGUAACUGUCCAUUUACCAGACCAGUAUAAAAUUACAGGGGAUGUAGAGGACAUUGCAAACAAUUUGCAAUUAACUCAAAAUACAAAUUGGGUUUUCUGCAAUGGGAAAAUAGGUGAAGAGGAACCCUCAGAGAUAAACCACUGGAUGAUGGACAAGGGAGCUUCCAUUCAAGGCGUGACGUCAUUUUUGUGUCGGAAAGAUGUGCUUCCAAACAAGAGAUUCCUUGUGGUUUUCUUACUUUUGUCAACAGUAAGUGACACAAUGGAUCCUCUUGUUGAGACAUUCAGCACUUUCUUGCAGGAGUUGAAAGGCACAGAGCAGAUCCUUUGCAUUUGCGAUAAUAAGCAAGCAUUUACCUCCUGGAGAGACUUGAUUCAGGCUCGUUGCAGAAUCGACGUCUCGUCUAGAUGCAUCUAUGAGCUCAGUUUAUCCGAAGUUAAUGGCACUGUUCUUAGUCUGUGGUCAGAAAACCGAAGGUCUGGUCAUUUCUUACCUUGUGGUGGGGGAGGCAAAGUGAUUCUGGAGAAGGAAAUGGAGCGUAGCCUGAAUACUUUAGAUGUCCUGUGUGUAAACCAGUGUGAGGGAGGGAACGAGGACAAAAUUGCCAUUGAGGAGAACUUCUACAAAGGAGGGAAAGUGUCAUGGUGGAAUUUCUUUUACUCGGAGCAGCCUGGAUCCACUCCGUUUAUUAAACGAGACAAGUUUGCCUACAUCACUGACACAGUCAUACCAGAACUGUGUUCUGAGAGAAAAGCCUGCAUGUUGCUCAACCUCAUCCACAUACCUGGAUGUGGUGGGACAACUUUAGCCAUGCAUACUUUAUGGGCACUCCGAGACAGAUUUCGCUGUGCUGUCCUUCUAGACAACAACGCUGACUUUGCUAAAGUUGCUGAUCAAGUCGUGACACUUCUGAACUAUAAAUGUGAAGAGCAGUUACCACAUGUCCCUGUUUUGUUGAUGAUAGAUGAUUUUGAUGAGAUGGAAAGGGUAUUUGACUUACAACAGCUCAUUGAAAAUGAGUGUGUGAAGAGGCAAAGUCAGUCCAAGUCUGCACAGGUGAUUCUCCUGAACUGCAUGAGGUCUGAAUCCUCUGAACAUGACCAAAAAGAACCAACAAAAGACACUGUAUUCAUUGGGAACAAGCUCUCUGAAGAAGAACAGAAACAGUUUCAGCAAAAACUUAAAGAAACAAAUAAAAUGUAUGCUAAUGUUGAUACAUUCUACAAAUUCAUGGUCAGUAAAGUGAAACUGGUGACAAAAUAUUUUCAGGGUGUUGUCAGCCAUACCCUCAAGAGUUUCAAAACAGAUAUGAGUGCAACCCACCUGCUUCUGUUACUUGCGUGUAAUGAGGACAACCCAGGUGCUGCUCUUUAUUUACCUCCUUUUCGGAAUGUGUUUAGUUAUCAACCCAGACAGGUUUGUCAAACUACCAAAGUUGAAGAAUUAUUUGGGAAGUAUUCCUCUCUUGUCACCAAUGUCAAUGUGGAUGACUUUGCAGUCAGACUGAUCUCUCCACAAAUUGGAAGGCUCUGCUGGAAUGAAAUUGCAUCACAAAAUGAUUUGACUCCUGAACAAGUAAUCAGUGUAUGUAUGGAUGUAUACAAGAGAUCGUUCUCGACCAAUAGGCCCUCUUACAGGAGAAGGUAGAGCUCGAGUCCAUUUUAACUUCGAUAAUAGAGAAGGCACUAAAGAGACAUGCAAAAGUCAUGGGGUUUGGAAAAUAUGCCACACUACAAUCAAGUACUCAGGGAUCACAGUGAAUAUGAGAGCAGAUUUAGCGUGACACCAUUUGGACUUACAGCAAAGUAAAUCAACGAAUAGUUAACCUCAAAUGUAUGAAUCCUUCAAAACCAGGGGUGGGCAAUUAAAUUUUCCAAGGGGCCACAUGAGAAAGCCAAGUUGUGUUGGAGGGCCAAACCAACAAAGGGUCAUAUAUAAUUCUACUCAAUAUUAAUUUUCUCCCAUCGUAAAAAGUACUACAUUAUAUAGUUUUGCACUGCAACUGAUGAUCAAAAUAAUAAGAAAAUUCCAUAACUUUCUCAUAAAAUCCUUCACAAAGCUGUACAUUUUAUGCACAAAAAGGCCCUUGCACUGUAGCUUGACAUUUAGUUCAUUCUAUAGUGCAGCCACAUCAACAGCAAAAGCUAAGUCUGUGAUCCAGUCUGGAUCUGAAAGCUGUGGAGUGUCAUUCCUUUUCUUCACACGCAAAUCUGAGUCUCUGUUCUCACAUCCUGUACUCUUUUCAGUAUUUUUCCCAGAACUCUCCAUCGGAAAAUGGUUUACUGUUUCUGAUGAUUUCGUGGGACAUGAUGUAACUUGUCCUGACAGCUACAUUUCUGAUGCAGCUUAACUAGCAAAGCAUCUGACUCCUUUACCUGGUCUUUGUCAGACAAGUUGUUGUACUUCUUGGCAUGUUUUGUCAUGUAGUGGCGAUUCAAAUCACAAUCCUUCAACAAGCCACAUGUGCACCACAAACUAAGCACAUGGUUUUACCUCCAGUUUGUGUAAAUAAAUAUUUAACAGUCCAUGUCUUGUUAAAAAUGCAACAUUCCGUAUCAGCCUACCUUUUUUGGCAUUUUGAAGGUUAGCCAGCAAACCUCACUUUUAGGUGCUUUUAAGCUAAACAUGUUAAGUUUGUUCAGGUUCGCAGGUACACACGCAUAUGCUUCGUUACGUAAAUAAUAAAACCCUCCUUUUCAAAAUAAAAGCAACAUAUUUGAAUUGCCUGCAUGGUAUAAAUACUUUUUCAUUUAUUUUUACCCUCAGCCACACUGGCCACAGGAUAUUGCCAUCAGUUGGUCGUCCGUCCAAAAACUUUGGCAUGCACUGAUAAGUCAGGCCACUGGGGGCAGUAGUGCACCUGAUAAGUCAGGCUGAAGGUUUUAAAGUGCACGCACAUUACGUUCUAAUUUACAGUUGACCUCACACAGGCCAGUCAUGAAUGACCACAGGGCCUGUGGGCCACAAGGUCUACUCUAAACUCUCUUGGGACUGAGUUAACACGCUGCAGUCACCACCUCAACUUGUGUGACCAAAACAAGUUUGUUUAUCAUUUAUUUUAUUUGCAAAGGCAUUUGUAAUAUUGUGAAUACAAUGGAACCUUGCAUCACCAGCACAUCACUGAUAUCAUUCUGACCACUUUGUACAAGGACAUUAAAAUGAAGAUGCUGGAUUCUCGAAGCUCAGCAGAGUCACCUUGAUAUGCAGUGCUUGGGCACCGAGGGCAACUGAAUCAUAUGUAACCAGAAUAUUAUAUUACAUAACAGAUGAGUGGAAUCUGGACUCCUUUGUGUCACAAACAAGAGCAUUGCAUAACAGCAGUAUUGAUGAGAACAUUGCCAAGGUGUAAAGGAUACUGUUACUGAAUGGACAACAGAAGCUUAUGAUUCUUGACUGUUACUGUAACAGAUGACACGUCCAACGUGAAUAUUGCAGCUGGACACGUAUCGUGUUUUGCACUUAAAAAACCUCAAAAAGUUCUGAAAUUUCCAUUCAGUGAAGGACGCCAUGUUAGUCAUGACUGAAGUCCACUCCCACUAUGUAAAAGACGCUGGAUUCAACAGCUACUUCAAAUUUGUCAUGUUAUGGGUACAGAAUAAAGCUCAGACGUCACAAAGCCAUUGAAGGACAUUAAGGAUACAAUAACACAAGACCUGGAAAAGAGAUAUGCCAGCAAUAAGGAGACACUCAGCAUGGUAUUAGGUCUUCAUCCUGGAUUUAAGGACUGAGGUUUUCUCUCUGAAGCAGAGACCAGUAGCACCUACUCCAAAGUGGUUGAAGCUGCAAUGGCUGCCAUGCAGACAACUGGGUUACGAUGGAGUGGUAGACAGAAAGGUGAAGAGGCUGGCCACCCAUACUCCUGCCCAUCAGCCUCCCAUGAAGAGACCAAAGAGGUUCACUCGCCUCCACCAAAGACAAUGCUGUACCAAAAUCUGCACAUGAUGCUGCCAUAGCUGAGAUAAAGAACUUCAUAGAGGAACCUCACCCUUGCUGCUAUGAGAAUGUCCUCUCAGUCAGUGGAAGGAAUACCAGCAUGUGUCCAGAGUGGGGAAGUAUUUCUGCUGCAUUCCUGGCACAAACAUUCCUACAGAAAGAACUUCAGUCCACCACAUGUUGAUGUUCCUCCACAACAAGUUAAAUUAGAGACUCUUCUGUUUCAGAGUUCGCGGGGGGGGGGGGGGUGUCUUAAAAAGUGUUAAAAGUCUUGACUUUUCAAAAAAAAAAAGUCUUUAAACAGUAUUACAUUUGACAUAAUAGGUCUUGCGUUAUGUUGCCUUAAACUUGUUCACUGUAUUGUGUUUAAAUGUGUCUGUUAAAUGUCCAAACAAAGAAAGCAAAGAAAGUAACAGUUUACUCAGUUCCACUUGUUCCAACCCGACAGUUUAUAUUGAAAUUUGGAGCCAAUUGUCUUUAACUUUGCAGCCCCCAGUAAGAAUUGAUCACAGAACAUUAAGGGACAGCUCACAAGCGAAAAGUAAGCUUGGGGAAGUACAAAUUUAAUAAUGUGUGUUUGGAGAAAAGAUUAUUCUGCACCUGGUUGACACAAGUGGAGGGGAAUGUGUUUGAAGGUCGCUCCACCUUGUACAAGAAAUCAAUUCAGCUUGGAACAAUGGGAAUCAAGAUGAUGGAGUAAAUAAAUACAUUUACCUAAAUUCUAGGAGUCAUAAAUUUCUGCCAGUAUAGUUGUGAAAUAGGCUGUGAAAUGGGCAUUAAAUUCCGAUCUAAGUAGUCUUAAAAAGGUCUUAAAAAGUCUUAAAUUUAACAUGUAGAAACCUGUAGGAACCCUAUGUUUCUUUUAGGAAUCCUACAAACUUGUUUUGUAGUGUUAUUUUCAGGCAAGAUGUACACAUAUUCAAAAUGUGAACUUUUAUAGCAGAAAUGUUGGGGGGGGGGGGUUGUUUAUAGAGAGAAUCCUGUAACUAUUUUGCUUUACUGAUAUACAGUUGUGCUCAUAAGUUUACAUACCCCAGCAGAAUUUGUAAUAUUUUUUUUGGCCAUUUUUCAGAGAAUAUGAAUGAUAAUACAAAAACUUUUCUUUCACUCAUGGUUAGUGGUUGGG